AUGACAACCACCUGGGUGGGCGGAGGGUACAUCAACGGCACCGCCGAAGUGAUCUACGGUGAUGGGCUCGCCUGGUGCCAGGCCCCCUUCGGCUACGCCAUCAGCCUCGCCAUCGGUGGCAGCCUGUUCGCGGUGAAGAUGCGCAACGCCGGCUACAAGACGAUGCUGGACCCUUUCCAAAAGCACUUCGGAGCCCGCAUGGGUGGACUACUGUUCCUCCCGGCGCUCUGCGGCGAGGUGUUCUGGUCAGCCGCCAUCUUGGCAGCCCUGGGUGCAACCGUGGAGGUGAUCUUGGAGUUUGAGCGACGGGACUCGGUGAUAGCUUCAGCCUGCAUCGCGCUCUUUUACACUUUCACCGGCGGCCUCUACUCCGUGGCGUACACAGACGUCGUCCAACUGGUUGCCAUAUUUUUCGGACUGUGGUUGUGCCUUCCCUUUGCUAUGUUCCACGAAGCCGUGGGCGUGAUAUCGUACCCCAAGAAUGACUUCAUCGGGAGCGUCGAGUGGAAGGACUUCGGCAUCUACUGGGACUCCAUGCUGCUCCUCAUGAUGGGCGGCAUACCGUGGCAGGUGUACUUCCAGCGGGUGCUGUCCAGCCGCACGGCCGAAGGCGCUGAGUUGCUUUCGUACAUGGCUGCACUGGGUUGCCUGUUCAUGGCCAUUCCUCCAGUGGUCAUCGGUGCCGUGGCUAAGGCUGCUAGUUGGCAUUUCACAGCGGCCGGGUACACAAAACCUGUGCCGCUUGUGGGGGAGGCGAAAUCAUUGACGCUGCCACUGGUGCUGCAGUAUCUCACUCCGGGAUUUGUGUCCGCCAUGGGGCUGGGCGCUGUCUCAGCAGCGGUCAUGUCCUCCUCAGACUCUUCCAUUCUCAGCGCCGCAUCCAUGUUCGCCUGGAAUAUCUACAGGCUUACCUUCAGACAGCAGGCGUCGGACGGCGAGGUGAUUUGGGUAAUGCGCUUGGCCAUCGUGGCGGUGGGCGCACUAGCCACCUACAUGGCGCUGACGGCGGAGUCGGUGUACGCCCUCUGGUACCUGUCCUCAGAUCUCGUCUACGUCAUCCUCUUCCCGCAGUUGCUGUCCGUCGUCUACUUGAAGGACUACGUGAAUACUUACGGUUCGCUGGCCGCCUACCUGGUGGGCAGCUUCUUUCGCGCGGGGGGUGGCGAGGCCCUGCUGGGGAUCCCGGCCUUCAUCCGCUACCCCUACUAUGACGACGAGAUGCAGGUGCAGCGCUUUCCCUUCCGCACUUUCGCCAUGUGCAUGUGCUUCAUCACGCUGCUCGUCGUUUCGUUCGUGGCCAGCUGGCUGUUCAACAACGUUUUGCCCACUUCGCUGGACAUCUUCAGGUGA